CCUGCUUUAUUGCUAAAGGGUGGGGACCCACAACCUCCUCUGAGAACAGCGGGCAAAUAUAUGGCAUGCUUUGCCCCCCGUAUUGUUGUUAUGAGCAACCAAGAGGUCUUCCUCCCUUCCAAUAAUGACACCUGGAACAGUGCUAACCACGUUAUCUUCUUCCAGCGCCACUGACUGUGUGCUUUGCUGCUUCUGAAUGACUUUUAUGACAAAGAUGAAGGACGAGCAUGGUUUUAGAUCUUGCACUUAAAUGGUGUCUGUCUAUGCCGCUUCACUCUGGAUAUGGAAAAGUUAAAAGAUGAAUAAUGGAAGGCACAUGCUGCAGAGAUGCGCCCUGCUUCCAUACGGACAUGGAUGUCUUGUCCUCACAUUGAUAUGGUCACAUUUAGUUUUCGGGUUCGCAGUUUUUCGGUAUUAGCAUAGUCUGUUGCUAUGCAAUUGGUGGUCCGAGGCUACAGCCUGAUGCAUUGCUUAUCUAUAAUGCAGCUGCACCGGCUGUAUAUUUGUGUAAUACGUUUUAGCAGAUACAGGUCUAUCUUCUGGAUUUAUUUACAUGUGUUGAUGUUCCUGUUGAGAGGUUUAUUCUAUGUGGAUUCCAAUGUUCCAUCUCUUCAGCUCUCCCUGUAAUGUGGGAUGUGCUGUGAAUACUGCCUCUUGUUUUGUUGCAGUGCAGAAUAGCGAAGCAUCAUAACGCAGGCUGACAAGGGGGAAGGUUGUGUGACUACUGCAUCUGGAAACUAGGUCUCUGCAGAUGUUUCAUGAUGUACCCGCUUUACCUAGCUCCUGCUUUUUUAUUCCUUACCACCAGGCAACGUCACACCUCUUGAGGACACCAGACCGUUUUUUUUGCUUUUUGCUGAGCUUAGCAGCUUUUAUCUAUCACAUUACAUGUUUUAAACAGAGGGUUUUCAGGAAAGGGAACCUGCCAGACCAAUCCCAUCCCUUCACUUCAAGAAGAAUGAGCUCCUCUUACCAAGGAAUCUCCCAUUUUAGCAACAGCUGAUUUUAAUUUUUGGAUUUUUUAGGACGACUAAAUUUAUAGGAUGCCACAAAACCUGUUUUUCUUCAUUGUAUUCCCUGGAGAACGGAUUCUACCUAGUCUGGUUACUAAGAAACCUGGAGGAUUGUUUCUCAAGGCGAGAGGUUACAUGCCUCUCAUUUUCCGAAAGUCUUUCUUAUCCUGAGUAUACACAUCAAAGUGCUGUAUUGUGGUCACAUUUCAACAGCCAACCAGAAGAAAUAGGUUGUGCGCUCAUUUGGACUAACUAUGACAGUUGCCACUGGAGAUCCCUCAGAUGAAGCAUCAGCUUUGCCAGGUCACCCACAGGACAGCUAUGACCCCGAUCCCGAUCAUGAAUGUUGCGAGAGAGUUGUUAUUAAUAUUUCUGGCCUACGCUUCGAAACACAGCUCAAGACUUUAUCCCAGUUUCCUGAAACAUUGCUAGGGGAUCCUAAAAAGAGGAUGAGGUACUUUGAUCCAUUGAGGAAUGAAUAUUUCUUUGACAGAAACAGACCAAGUUUUGAUGCCAUCCUUUAUUAUUACCAGUCGGGAGGCAGAUUGAGGAGACCUGUGAAUGUGCCCUUGGAUAUCUUCUCAGAAGAAAUUCGAUUUUACGAACUUGGUGAAGAAGCCAUGGAGAUCUUUAGGGAGGAUGAAGGAUUUAUUAAGGAAGAGGAACGCCCUUUGCCAGAUAAUGAGUAUCAGAAGCAAGUAUGGCUUCUUUUUGAGUAUCCUGAAAGCUCUGGCCCUGCUAGGAUUAUUGCCAUUAUCUCAGUUAUGGUGAUCUUAAUCUCGAUUGUGAGUUUUUGCCUUGAAACUUUGCCUGUUUUUAGGGAUGAGAAUGAGGACAUGCAUGGGAGUGCUGUAAAUUACUAUCCAUAUUCCAACAGUACAGGUCGCUACCAACAGUCCAAUACCUUCACUGAUCCAUUCUUUAUUGUUGAGACACUUUGCAUUAUAUGGUUUUCAUUUGAAUUCUUGGUUCGCUUUUUUGCCUGUCCGAGCAAAGCUGGAUUUUUUACCAAUAUAAUGAAUAUCAUUGACAUAGUGGCUAUCAUUCCUUAUUUUAUAACGCUAGGUACAGAACUGGCAGAAAAAACGGAAGAUGGGCAACAGGGUCAGCAAGCAAUGUCUUUAGCAAUUCUUAGAGUAAUAAGACUGGUUAGAGUGUUUAGGAUCUUCAAACUUUCCAGACAUUCCAAGGGCCUUCAGAUUCUGGGUCAAACACUCAAAGCUAGUAUGAGGGAACUAGGUCUUCUAAUAUUUUUCCUCUUCAUUGGUGUUAUUCUUUUCUCCAGCGCUGUGUACUUUGCAGAGGCUGAUGAGAGAGAAUCUCAGUUUCCCAGCAUCCCAGAUGCCUUCUGGUGGGCUGUGGUUUCCAUGACAACAGUAGGAUAUGGAGACAUGGUCCCUACAACAAUAGGUGGCAAAAUAGUAGGCUCCCUCUGUGCAAUUGCAGGCGUGUUAACCAUUGCCUUACCAGUUCCUGUAAUAGUGUCCAACUUCAAUUACUUCUAUCACAGAGAGACAGAGGGUGAGGAGCAAGCACAAUAUUUGCAAGUAACCAGCUGUCCAAAGAUCCCUUCUUCCCCUGACCUUCAAAAAAGCAGAAGUGCCUCCACGCUAAGUAAAUCUGAUUACAUGGAGAUCCAAGAAGGAGUUAACCAUAGCAAUGAAGACUUUAGGGAGAAGAAUUUAAAAACUGCAAAUUGCACCUUAGGAAAUACAAACUAUGUAAAUAUAACCAAAAUGCUGACUGAUGUUUGACGAAUCUGCUCCUCUGCAAGUGUAUGGAGCAACUGCAGGAUUUGUGUAAUGCAAUAAUCUGCUAGGUAAUACUUUUUUCUAGAUGUGUCAAUUCUGCAUGGAAAGCAAUAGUUGUGUAACUGAUGUUUUAUUGCAUCUGCGACAAAUACUAAUUCACGGAGCAUCUAUUGUGAACACUGGUAGGCCAGGAUGAUCUGGUAACAUUCUUGACUAGGCAGUAAUGGUGUGGCCAUCAGUAAGCUUCACUAUAUAUUCUACUACGGGCAUCUCAACCAAAUUAGUUAGUCUACCUGAAAGAACUCAGUUGUACCAACCUCUAGGUGUCACUUAAAUGUUUAGCUCUGUGAUCACGUAAAGACGUAGCAUCAUGAAGAGCACUUUUCACAAGAGGUUCUGCAGCAACAACUGGCUUUACUGCACUGGAGACAUUGAUGGUAUCACUUAUAUUUCUUGCAUUGCGGAGGAGCUAAACUGCUCCGGUUAAUCACAACUAAAACAUGGCGGUUUCCAAAGAAAUGUACUUCACAAUGAAUUCACGGAUAUUAUAUUACCAUGGCAAGAAACUAGUCGUACAAUAUAAACCAACUCUACUUGGGUGUGCACCGCACAUCCGGUAGUGGCAUAACCUAUAAUUGCACUUAAAUGAUCAAUGCACAUAUGUACAGCGCUACAUUUCAUGCUUUAAUAAUUAAAUAGCUGAUGAAAAAAAGGCCUUCCAUAUUUUAAUGAGGAACAUAUAUAUUUUUGUGUUAAGGUUCUAUUAUUUGUAUACCAAGGCUACGAUAUUUGGAUUUACAUUUUUUUUUUUGAAAAACUGUAGAAAAAAACUAAACAAAAAACAAAGACGCUUUGCUGCCACUGCAGUGUGUCUCUGCUGGGACGUAUAACACAAUGCUAACAGGAUCUUAAUGUGUACUAUGAUCUGCAGACCACUGAGGAAGAAUUAUGGCACCAUGGUCUACUGCCUUCUAGUUAUGAGAAUCACCUCAUUAGGGAAUGGUUGUAGCUUGGAUUGAUGUAUCAGUAUUAAAGAGGAACCUUGACCCUUCAAAUGGAUAUGAUACUAAUGGUAAAUCUGAUCACAUGUAUGGCCAUGGUUAGGGUAACCCUCAUAUAUCACUCCAACUAUAUGUAAAUUAACUGCAUGCAUAUGUUAAUAGUUGUUCUGCAACUACUCCUAACAAUCUUGUAGUUCUCUUUAAAGUGGCCUAUGUCCACUUGAAACUUUUCUACUUCAGGCCUGCAUAGGGAGAACCCCCGAUUUAACACUUUGCUACAUACCAAGUUAUUAUAGAGGUAUAUAGUAUCUUGCAGGCUAAAGGGUAAAAGGCCUCCUUUUGGUGUGAAGGUUUCAGGUGUCGUGUUAGAAAAUCUAGUAUUCUAUCACACUACUAUACUCUUGAAUACAUUCCAUUUAUAAAUUAGUAACUGUGAAAAAAACAAAAAAUGAAUAAUGCAUGGAUACUUAUUGCAUGCACGCACUAUCUAUCUAUAGACAUGUAAACUCCGACACACAUGCAGACAUACACGAAUACACAUAUAGCACAUUUCCAUUUUAGGAUUAUUUGCUAUCUACUUAGUUGCAUCACUGUUUCAACGAUUUAUUCUAGAACUGCAUUCUUGUAAUAAUUUCCUUAUAGGAAUACAAAAACUCAGAUCAGGAAAAGGGACACACUGAUUGUACAUUAUAUCAAGAGGUUCAAAGUCAAAUAUGCUUGCACCAAGGAUUGUACAUACAUUUCAGGGAAACUUUGUUACACUUGAAAGUAUAUCUGUUGUAUUGUUCUAGAAAUAUCAUAAUAAAGGAGAACUGCAUUGGAAAUAGCGGGAUAAAGGACAUAGGAAAUAGAAUUCUAUCAUGUUGAAUUAAAAUAUGGCAGCCAAUGGCACGUCAUUGAAUUGGCUAUA